UUCGGGAAAGCAAUGUUGUAGUUUUGUCUUUAUCGGACGAUCGCUUUUUUUAAUCCAUAAUAUUUAAGUAGUAUUGGUAAUAAAAAAAUUAAAAUAUAUUCAUAAAAAUAGUAAUUUGGGCGCUCGGGCGCCCCAAGGGGUGGGCGGCGCCCUUAGCAUUUGCCUAUUCCGCCUAUGCCCAGGGCCGGCCCUGGCAGGAUCAUUGCGUGGAUCUUGAUGUGCCAGAUCGUCGAAGUAAGAGGUGCUGUGAUUGGCGAUGAGAUUGUGAAGGUAAAAGAAGGCGACACAGUGGAUAAAAUCGUCGACAUCUCUGGACUGAAACUCGUCCAUAUCCGGGUGUUACAUAAGUGCGAAACGUGGAAAAUUGUCUUCCUUUACUGUUCCCCUGGUGAAGAGAAAGAGGGCUGUUUAAACACCACAUCCCCCCGAAUCUCUGUCCAUAUCACAGAUGAAAAAGUUUCUAUAGCUCUUCAUGAUGUUACCACCAGUGACUCUGGAUCUUACAUUUUUGAGGCUAAUGGAGAUGAAGGAAUGGAGGCCAAGAGGAAGCGAUUCCAGGUUGUUGUCGAACCAUUGGAACUUAAUAGAAUCACGAAACAUCCACCUCUUACCCCAACAGACACCUCUAUCAAUUACAUCACACUUGUUGUCGUACUAUGCACCCUCGUAGCUGUUGGCCUGCUUUGUUUCAUUUCUUAUAAAUUAUCUCUAUAUAUUAAACAGCGGUUGCAGAAUAAACUAGAACCACACCAUCAUUCAUCUGUCCAGUCUUCAGAUUGUGAAGAUGAAGCAUCUGAUGACUCCAUCACAACAGGUGACAAAAAAACUGCAAUGAACCAUGAAACGAGCUCCCAACCUUCACAACACCACAAUCUGCUGAGACCAUCACAACCUUCAAGACACAUCAGAAUCCCUGUUACAAACACUUUCUCUCAAUUUUCACAAAAUUUAGUUCUACUGUAGCUUCUUUACUAUUUUUUAACUCGUAUACACUGUAUACAAAUAUUGAUUAUAUUUUAUAAAUAUAAAAAUGUUUUUAAAUGAACAGUAUUACGUUGUAUAAACAUUAUAAUAAUGUAUAUACAAUGCUUUGAAAAAUAAAACAGUAUUACCCAUCAUCA